AUGUCAGCUGCCAAUGCUCUAGAUAUAAAAUUAAAAAAGAUCGAUAAGAUUUAUAAACCAGGUAAUAAAGUAGCAGGAUAUGUCGUUGUUAGUACAAAAGAAGACCUUUCACACAGUGGUUUAACACUUACCGUCGAGGGAAGUGUACAAUUACAGCUUAGUUCAAAGAGUGUCGGUAUUUUCGAGGCAUUCUACAACUCUUUGAAACCAAUUACUAUGUUACAUUAUACAUUCAAUGUUGCUCCAUCCGACGGAAUGACGAUUAUCUAUACUACUUCAGGUGUUACAGAGAUUCCAUUCGAAUUCAAUUUGGAACCAGCAGCAGGACAACAAUUGUAUGAUACAUAUCAUGGUGUAUUUGUAAAUAUUCAAUACACUAUCAAGUGCGACAUGAAGAGAGGUAUUCUAUCAAAGGAUUUACAAAAGACAAUCGAAUUUGUAGUUGAAACACCAACACCAACCAGUUUAAUUAAUAAAGAAUCAGCACCAGUAAACUUCUUGGUUACACCAGAUUCAUUAUCAACAUUUAAAAAAAUUUCUAAAUCGGAUAUUCCAAACUUUAGAGUAUCAGGUCAACUUAAAUCAGCGAUUUGUCAUAUCAACGAUGCAUUCCAAGGUCAUCUUAUCAUCGAAUCGGCAGAAGCUAUCAUUAAAUCAGUUGAAUUGCAACUCGUUAGAGUUGAAACAUGUGGAUGUGCAGAUGGUUAUGCAAGAGAAUUGACAGAGAUUCAAAAUAUUCAGAUUGGUGAUGGCGAUAUGUGUAGAGGAUUGAAUAUACCAAUCUGGAUGGUAUUCCCAAGAUUGUUCACUUGUAUCACCACGGCCGCACGUACUUUCAAGAUAGAAUUCGAAGUUAAUCUAGUAAUCAUGCUGGAAGAUGGUCAUCUAAUUACAGAGAAUUUCCCAAUUAAAUUAAUAAGAAAUUAA